AUAACUUUCUAUGUUUAUAAACAUCAAUCAGACAGUUAUAUAUGUCUAAAAAUCCCAAUAUGAAACGUUCUAUUAAUUAAACCUUUACCAACCCUUAGUCUCAAAAUUUAAAGUGAUUUUAUAGAAAAAUGGCGCUAAUAGCCCAUUGUCUUGCUCCCGUGCGUAAUCGUCGCAUUACCAGCUGUUUCCUGCAACAAAAUAAAAACUUUUUCAAGAGGAAAUCAAAACCUAACACUAAAAUAGAUCCUUAUAUGAUUGUACGAGCAACCCCAGACGACACAUGUCAAAUUCUAGAUCUAAUGUGGAGCGCAUACCAUCCAGAUGAACCGACUACAAAAAGUCUCGGUUUGGGAAAACAUCGAAACUGCGUGUUUGAUGAACAAGCACGUAAAAUACUUGCUAAAGGCUACAGUGUAGUUGCAAAGUGCAAGUACAAUGGCAGUGUUGUGGGUGCUGCCCUUUGCGAGUCAUGUAGUCCUUGGGAUCCUGCAAUGACCGAGAAACUAGCCUGCACAUUGAAAGAUCCCAAAAUGGCGCGUUUGUACAUGUUCUGGGCGUACCUCCAACGCGCUCCCAACUUAUGGGAAAAGUACUGCCAGAUGAACAUUUACGAAAUUGUUAACGUUUUCGUGCGACACGAAGAUAGACAGCGUGGAUUAGCCAAGCGAUUGAUGGCAACUGCAAAGGAAAAUGGCGCCGACGCUGGGUACAAAGUGAUUCGGGUUGACGCAAGUAGCACGGCAACAGCAAAAAUUUGCGAAAAAUUGAAAAUGAAACUGGUUUACGAGAUUCCAUUUUGUUCCUACGUCAGUGAACAGAAUGAAGUAAUCUUCAAAGUUCCAGAUCCAACGUCGAUUAAAAUUUAUGUUGACACGCCUCACUGGGUGCCACAAAAGAAAUAAUAUGCCAGAUUAUCCGAAAGUAACGCAUGGAAAUGUGUUUAAUACAAAACAACAACAAUAUACAAAUAUAUUAAACAAAACAUAAUACAAUUGCACACAGUGUAUCUGGAA